UUUAACUUCUUGACUAUACCGUGGAUCAACCCAUUCCAGGUCCAGGUUUAUGGGGCUACCAACGCCGAGGAAGAGCAGGCAGUGCGGAACGGUGUGUUUUCCCAGCUGGCCAUCUACUACACGUGUCUAGCCAUAGUGAAGGGCGCCAUCUUGUACAACAUCUUCGGUUUCUACAAGGAAUUCAAGGACAACCCGCCGUUAGCAGACGUCGUCUACGUGUUCAAUCCGCUGGCCAACCUGGGACUGCCCUUCGUCGUCGUCAACACGAAUCCACCACCACAAGGAGCGUCGACGAUUACUACGAAGUAGAAACCGCGCUAGCCGUUGCAUCUACAGCGUCCUGCUGCAGCUGCUGAUGUGGUCCUUCCACGUGGUGCCCAAGGCGGUCACCGGACUGCUGCCGCUGGUGGACGGACCACUGCUGGGCAUCAUGACCACCGGCAGCAUCGCGCCCGAGUACCUGUCGGAACCCGUGCUCAGCCUGGCACUGACGCUGAUGCUUCUGUCGGCCGUGGAGCAAGGAACGGACCUCGUUCCCAGACUGAGCUUGACACUGUGCGCCCGCUUCGGACUCCGGCGCCGGGCGCCCUUCGCGUUCGUCUGCUGCCUGGCAUUCCUGGGCGCCACGAUAGCUUCGGGCGCCGCGUUGGCCCUACCGCUCAUGUGGAUCACCGACCGGGUCCUGGAGUUUCUGCACGUCGAGCAGCUGGACCGACCAUUUCUUCUACAGACGCCCAGUUCCGACCGAAGGACAUCAAAACGGUCUUUGGACAGCUUGACCUCGCGUAAUGUCCGCGACGCCGAGACUCUCCUCACGCAGCUCGCCACGGAAGCACGUGGCGAUCCGAAGCGCGUUUCUCCUGUCCGUCGCCAUAGUGACAGCCUUGGGCAACAUCGUCAAUGUCGCUCGUCUUCCCUCGCGGAAGAUGUUGGCCAUACUGCCGACCAGCAGCACGGACGAAACGUUGCUGUCGGCUGGUUCAGUGGGAACGCUACAGUGGAUGCUCGUCGCCGUUCCCGGCUCCCUGGCAGCUUUUCUCAUCUGCUGCUGCUACUUCUACGCCUGGAACCUGUCGCAGUACGAGCCCAACGAUCCGGAGGAGAACGGUGUCGUGCAGAUGGCGGCCAGGACACGACUGAAACUUCUGAACACGCCUAUACCUGGGAAAAUCAGGCAACAGCGAUGGAGGCAGAAGCAUUACGUCAGCUGCGCUGCAUCAACGUACCUUAUGCUCUUCGUCGUAUCUGUGCUGUCCGACUUUCUCGCCGUCUAAUGGUGGGCAUGACGAUCAAGGUGGUGCUGAUAGCCAGCGUCCUGCUGUUCACGAGCACCACGGGUCCGCUGCUUCCCGCGUUGGCCAAUGCGGUCGAUGUGCACACACUUACGUCGAAGUCGACCACCGCUAUGCCGGCUGUCAAUUACUCGUUUCUUUCCUACUGAUAUUUUUGUCUUCAUCAUGCAAUAAUAUGCGCACCUCCCCUAUUCUGGAGAAACUUUAUGUAUAAUCGCUGAGCACACCAUUGCUCAACUGUAUGUUCAAUUAAAUGUUGCGAAAUAAUCGCGAGCUGACCAUUUCGAACUUGUAGCACUUCAUCAGCAGACACGCAUAUCGCGAACCACUGACAUUCAAACGGAUCUCUGCUGCUUCGUGACUCAGCGCUCGACCGACCCGCCGA